CCCCAGACCAGGGCCAGCCCAGUCUCCACCGCCCUCCUACAGAGCCACAGGCAGGUGCAGGCGCAGCUGCGGCGCAAGCGGGCAGUGCCGAGCCGUUAGCGCGCGCGCCGUCUGCGCGUCGGUCCGUCAGUCGGGGCGUCAGUCCAUCGGCGCGCCGCAGCUCCGGUCCAGGCGCAGCGGCCCCGGCCCCUCGUCGUCCCGCACCCGGAGCUGCCCGGCAGAGCCGGCUUUGGCGCGGCAGCCAUGUCCAUGGGCCUGGAGAUCAUGGGCACCUCGCUGGCCGUGCUGGGCUGGCUGGGCACCAUCGUGUGCUGCGCGCUGCCCCAGUGGCGCGUAUCGGCCUUCAUCGGCAGCAGCAUCAUCACGGCGCAGAUCAUCUGGGAGGGCCUGUGGAUGAACUGCGUGGUACAGAGCACCGGCCAGAUGCAGUGCAAGGUGUACGACUCGCUGCUGGCGCUGCCGCAGGACCUGCAGGCGGCCCGCGCCCUCAUCAUCGUCGCCAUCCUGCUGGCCGCCUUCGGGCUCUUUGUGGCGCUCGUGGGCGCCCAGUGCACCAACUGUGUGCAGGACGAGAGCGCCAAAGCCAAGAUCACCAUCGUGGCGGGCGUGCUUUACCUGCUGGCCGCCGUGCUCACCCUCGUGCCGGUGUCCUGGUCGGCCAACACCAUCAUCCAGGACUUCUACAGCUCCCUGGUGCCCGAGUCCCAGAAGCGCGAGAUGGGCGCCAGCCUGUACGUGGGCUGGGCGGCCGCGGCGCUGCAGCUGCUGGGGGGCGCGCUGCUCUGCUGCUCGUGCCCGCCGCGCGAGAAGAAAUAUGCGCCCGCCAAGAUCCUCUACUCAGCGCCGCGCUCCGCCGGGCAGGGCACCGGCACGGGCACAGCUUACGACCGCAAGGACUACGUCUGAGGGGGCAGACGCGGGGGGACCCCACCACCCCCACGAGCUGGAGCACCCCCCAGUGCAGAGUGCAGCCUGGCAUCGGAGACCAGCCCAGCCCAGAUGCCAGGCAGCUCUCUCGCUGGACUGGGAGGGGCCAGCCCGGCGCCCCUUCCGCAGCUGCCACCCCUCCGCGGGCCGGGGAGCGGGACUGCGGAGCCCGGGGACCAGCUGGCAUGGACAGCAAGGU